CAUGCAGGAAGUGACCGGGGAACCCAAGCGAUGAGGUUUUUGAGUGGUUUGUAGAAGUGUAUAUCAUUUGGGUGGAGUACUCAAUUGUGUUUGCAGGCAGAGUGAACAACAUCGUUUCAGACUUCGACAUCAAACUGUGGUGUCUUGGUUACCAUGGCAAAGAAUUGUAAUUCUCUGAGGUCUCCUGUUGGCCACAUGAGUCUCGCCAUGUCAGACGGAGAGUUGAAUAUGUCUGCACGGAGCAGUGCAGGCAGUAGCUCCAGCCUCCCUGGGACCCCGGGUGGAGAGUCCAGCCCAGCCAACAGUGUGCUAAGCUGGGCUGUUUCCUUUGAGAAGCUGCUGGAAGACCCCUGUGGAGUCGGCUACUUUACAGCCUUUCUGAGAUCUGAGGUGAGUGCAGAGAACAUUUUGUUCUGGCAGUCAUGCGAAAAGUUCAGGAAGAUCCCAGCCAUGUCAUUGGAGGAGCUAAAGGCAGCAGCUCGCUCCAUCUAUGAAAUGUACUUGUCUGAGAAGGCUCCCCACUCGGUCAACAUUGAUGACACAGCCAAGACAGAUGAAAAAGACUUGGAACAACCCACGCCUGAUAUGUUUAACAAGGCUCAAGCACAGAUCUUUAAGUUGAUGAAGAUGGACAGCUACAGACGCUUUGUGCGCUCUUCACUGUACCAGAGCUGCACUUUGGCAAGUGUAGAAGGCAAACGUUUACCUCAGCUCUCCACAGAACCUUUCCGCACGGUAUCCUGGGAGGAGGUGGCCACGAGAAGCCCUAACUUAACUGACAAAAAGAGCAAGACGUCAGAUGGCAGCAGUUUUUCAAGUGGAAAGAUCCCCUUGGAUAAACGGCGACAGAAAAGAGGAUCCUUGGGAGAUACAUCCCACUGCAAUGUUUCAUCUUCACUCAGAGACUCUGUGGCUGUGAAGUCAAGCAGUAAUGUGGAGCUUGACUCCCUCUACAGGACAAUAGAGAAUGGCCAAUCAAGUCCUCGCUCCCCAGAGCAAGUUGGCGUCCUGGGAGGUCGGUGUGGAAUGGAGGGUGGCUACUGCUGCGUCUACCUGCCUGAUGGCAGUGCCUCCCUGGCUCCAACCCGAAAUGGCCUGCCUAUCAGAGACAUGCUGGCUGGCCUGUGUGAGAAGAGAGGUUUCUCGUUGAAAGAUGUCGUCAUCUACCUUCACGGCAAGGACAAACAACCAUUAUCACUGGACCAGGACUGCUGUGUGCUGAGAGAUCAGCAGGUCUUGCUUGAGCUUCGGGUGACGUUUGUGCUGGAAAAUGCCUUUACGGGUAAGACUGGGGGUAUAAUGGCAAAGUCCAGUAAGACACUGCAAGAUGCCCUGUCAACUGUGUUACAGAAACAUAGUCUAAAGCCUCACGAGGCCCAGGUCACCAUUGUUGGAAGUGACGAGCCUGUGAACAUGAACACAACGGUGUUCAGACUGGCCAAUAAGAUGCUGCGGCUUGACAAAGUCAAAGCAAAAGACCAAGGCAGCAUUCCCAGAGCCAGUGGAACUGCUGCAGCCGCACAGGCAGGAUCAGGUGGUCCGGAGGCCCGGUUAUCCCCUCAGACCGACAAGGUCAAGACUCCACCAAAGCCUAGUAAGAACCGCGACAUGGAUGGGCUCUUGGAUAUGUUGACGAGGGCACAGUGCUGCAGAGUGGAUGACCAGCGAGGUCUUCUCACCAAAGAACAGCUGGAGGUUCCUCUGUUCCUACAGCUUCCCCCAGACCAGGGACAGGACGUGCAGUCAGAAGAGUCCAGCACAAACGGAUCAUCUACUGCAAACACCAGCAAGGUUUCUGAGAACGUCUCGUCAUCUUUUGGUUUAGGUGACUCUGAACAGACUCAGGACUUGAGAGAAACAUCAGUAUGAAAGUCUUUUGUGUUUAAAAAAAAAAAAACAAACUACAACAUCCAACACGUGGUCAGUCUUGUUGAAAGACAAAAUAUUUUUGUUUAGCACUUUUUAGUCAUUAACAAUAAGCUCUUAGGCAACAUUACGCUACCGACUCUGCUAUGAAAGCUUCAGGCAAAAGAAAAGAGACGUCAUUUCCGGACUAUGAGGCACGACUUUUUCACAUGCUUUGAACCCUGCGGCUUUAAUGAUGAUGCGGCUAAUUUAUGGAUUUUUACGGGCUAAAGAGCUGCUACUGAUCAUUUAUGUUGCUGACACUGGGAAGACCCAGUGGAGGUAGGAUUGCAUGGUUUAUGGUGUGUGCAAAGCACUAAAUGUGUGGUUCCAGUCCUGCUUGAACACUGCCACUUCUAUAUUACAUGUUACCAUUCACAGUAGCCAUGGCCUACAUCUUUCUGUGUAUGUCUAUGUCACAAUGUGGACACCUGCUGCUUAUAGACAAGUGCGGCCUAUAUAUGUACAAAACAUAUUUUCUCGUUAAAUUUGGUGGGUGCGGCUUAUAUCCAGGUGCGCGCAAUGGUCGAAAUUACGGUAAGUAUACAUUUUAUAGACACUACAGGUCCUAAGGAGAGUUUUCGCUAGGAAUAGUUUUAAUGUAGCCAUAAUGUUAAACAACCUGUAUCUAAGCAGUUAGGUCUAAAUAUUGUACCUGUCUUGUCAAUGUUUAAUUAUGCACUGUAACACAAAUGUCAGGACUGAUAGCACAGGACCGGCCAGCUUGUGAAGAAUAUUGCACAUUUUGUCAGUUUGAGAUUGAAUGUUUUAAGGUGGUUUUGGGCAUUGAAAUGUUUUCCUAAUGUGUACUUGUGUGUUUUGUAAUGCUUUUUAUUUUUGUCCCCAGAAUAUAUUUUGUUUGCCGUGAUGGCAUUUUUCACAACGCCUGGUUUUAGUCCUGUCGUGCUACCACUUCAUGCUCGUCAUACUCAGGAUUCAUAUUAUGAAUCAGUAUUGUAAUGCUGGUAUGAUACUGAAAAUACCUGAAGAGUGUAUCAGUCAACAAUUAAAUAUGUUGUCAGAUGUGA